CUGAUGGUAUCCUCUAAGCCGUCAGCCAUCUGCCGCAGUCAGUUAGCUAGAUCCAGCGGGAAUGGAAAAUGGAGGACUGACCGAAGAGCGAGGGCAAAUCGUCUGUAUUUCUUGCGUGUAGGUGGGUAGAAGGCAACCGUCUACUAAAUUGGCAAAUAUUCUUUUGCCUUGUACCAAGACUGAUGAUUUCUGGUUUGAGGCCUUUGUUUUGUAUGAAAAAGAUCUCUGCUGAUCAUCGCUGCUGAACCACAGUAGUGAUCUAUGGAGGCGAAUGCGAGCCCUGAGCUCUCUCUAGCUCCUCAGCCAGUGCAGAGUCAGCACCCUAUGGAUGCCUGCUCUCAAGGGUUUGAAGAAGGGUUUAAGGAGCAGAUUCUGACAGAAAGCAAGAAUGUGGCCAAAGAGACCUUAGAGGAGCCUGAAAAUAAAUCCGCCAGGGCCAACAGCGAAGUAAAGAAGACUUGGUCUUUUCGGCGCUCCACUGUUGCAAAAAGAGAGAUGCCAGUGGAGGCGGCAACCGAUCCUGAUAGCCGCUGUCCCGUGCGUCGCAGUGGCAGGCAGCCAAAGCGCACAGACAAACUGGAAGAAUUCCUCUCAACCGCAAAGAGAGCACAGAGAAAGAGUGCCCCUCCUAGCCUGGAAAGCGGUGACCCUCCUUCCCAAACCCCGACCGACGCAGAGACUGCCUCGGAGGCCAGCUUCGAUGGUAACGCUGACACCAAGGCUCUGGAGGACAAGGUAGAGUCCCCAGAGAGGAGGACGAGAAGUGGCGCAAGGAAACAGAUCCAGAGAAGAGGUCGAGGGGGCAGGCGGACCAGAGGAGGAGGAGGAGGUGCUGGUGGUGUGGCGGCUGUCAAAAAUGAGGGAAGUUCUGACAACGAGGACAGCAGAGACGCUGCUAAGAAAGAAGAGUUAAUGGAUCACCAGGAGAAAAAAGAUGAGACUUCUCCCAGUACAGAAGCUUUAGUGAGCACUAACGCAGAGCAGCUUCCGCCAGAGCAGGACUCUGACAGGAAGGAGGAUGUCGAGCAGAAGACUGAACAUGCAGAGGAAGAUGACAAAGUGGAAACAGAAGAUGAGACGGAUGGUGAGACGGACGAUGAAAACCCGGACAAGCCUUCAGCCUUGUUGGUCAAACGUGGACCAAUAAGAACAUAUGUCAAUAAAAAGAGAGCAGCCGAUAAGGGCGCAAACCCUGUUAAAGGGUCUGCCGCUGCUUCUGUUACCGCCGGCAACAAAGUCCCCACUCCUGUCAAGAGAGAAACCAAACCUAAAGCCACCCAAGCCGCUGGAAUGACACACAAGCCUCAAACACAAGAGGACAAUAAUGAGAAUGACUCCUCAACAUCUUCAUCCUCCUCAUCGUCAUCGUCAUCCAUCGAUUCCGACGAGGGAGGUUACGACCCCAACGCCCUUUACUGCAUCUGUCGGCAGAAACACAACAAACGGUUCAUGAUCUGCUGCGACCGUUGCGAGGAGUGGUUCCAUGGAGACUGCGUAGGCAUCACCGAGGCUCGCGGGCGCCUGAUGGAGAGAAAUGGCGAGGACUACAUCUGCCCUAAUUGCACCGCCAAGAAAAACCAGGUGGUGAGACCUGCCACGUCCAUCCUUUCUACAAGUACAGAUCCAGAGAAGCCCAAAGCGCCGACGUUUUCUGCCGGGACCUCUGCCGAGAAAACCGACAUCAAUCUUUCAGCUGUUCAGGCUUUGGCGGCCUCUCCUUCCUUCACUGGAGCUGAAGAGAAGGGAGCAGAGGACAUUGGCAUCAAAGGCCGGAUAGAGAAAGCCACGAACCCGACGGGGAAAAAGAAGAUAAAGAUCUUUCAGCCGUCCCUACAGCAGCCAGCCCAGCCAAAGGCAGACCAGAAAGUAGCUGCAACCGCCGACAAGAAGGCUGCAAGCAAAGCGGACCAGAAAGCGGCGGCAGACGCCGAGGAGAAAGUGGCCUCCAAUGUGGAGGUGAAGACCACACCGACAGCGGAGGCCCCAAAGGGGAAGGAGACGGAGGACUUGUCCCUCCCCAAAUGUAUUGGGCCCGGCUGUGAGAAUCAUGCCCAACCGGACUCUGUCUACUGCGGCAACGGCUGCAUCCUGAGACACGCGGCUGCAGCCAUGAAGUCCAUCACCGAAGAGCCCAAGCAGAAGGACACGGCCAAGGCGCAGAAAACCCUGGCGGCACCAAAGAAGAGCGUCGCUGGCAGGAGGAGGACGCAGAAGAAAACCCAGGAGGAGGAGUCUGAUGAGGAGGAGUCGGAGAGCGAGGAAGGCCACAGCGCGGAUCCAGGCGAUGACAGCGAAGAUGAGCAUGCCGAGGAGCACCCGCCCCCGCCGGCCACUGCGUCAUGGUCCAGCGACCAUAAUUACAUUGCAGUGACACCAGAAAAGACUACACCCAUAUCACCAACAGUGUUAAACAAAAAGUCCCCCCCCAAAGAAGACAAGCAGAGCGAGAAGGAACAGAAAGAGAAGGAUCCGGCCCCUGACGACCCUCCACCUGCGUCCCCCACGCCAGUCAAAGGGAACAAGAAGUCCCCGACUGCAAAAGCAGCCAAGGUUACCCCGAAGGGCAAGAAGCCUUCCCCUCAGGCCAGCGGCUCCAAGGUGUCCAAGAAACCAGCGGCUCCCUCCAGCAAAACUGCAGCAAAGUCCAAGAAACAAGGCCAGGCGCCGUCCCGCGCUCCGUCCCGCUUCCCCCCCGGUCCCAUCCACGUCACGGGAGCCCUGAGAGUCACCAAGUCCAACUUCACCAUUCCCAAGAAGGCUGCGCAGCAGAAGGAGGCCCCCCCCCCGAGCAAGUCCACCGCCUCCCCCCGGGUCCCGACAUCUCCGGGCCCCGGCGCUCCCUCCGGCCACUCCUCCAGGCUCCCGCAUUCGGCCGCGUCGGCGCCCGCCGCGUCCCCCGCGCAGCAGCCCCCCAACAACCAGAUGAGAACGAACAUCCGCCGCUCCCUGACGGACAUCAUCUACAAGAGGGUGAGCGACAGCGACGACCUGAAAAAGACGGAGGCCGAGGUGGCGAAGCUGUCGUUCUCCAUCGAGAAGGAGAUGUUCAACCUCUGUCUUAACACCGACAGCAGGUACAAGAACAAGUACCGCUCCCUCAUGUUCAACCUGAAAGACCCGAAGAACAAGGGCUUGUUCUACAGGGUGGUGGGCGGGGAGGUGAGCCCCUUCAGACUGGUGAGACUGAGUGCGGAAGAGUUGCUUUCCAAAGAGAUAUCCGAGUGGAAGAAGCCCGACGCUGGGGAGGGCCAGUCACCCGGUGCAAGGGCCCGUUCGGGCCACUCCAAACUGGGCAACAGGCAUGAUGCGGGCCCACAUAGCAUGGACAUGGAGGACGCUCCACCCACGUCCGAUACAGAUGUAUGUAACUCAGCCGCCACUUCUGCUUCUCGCAUGGCUUCUGCUGCAGACCCGGAUGAGUGUGGUGCCGCUCCCUCGGCCUCGGCUCAGCCCUCCGUUGCGGAGGGGAACAGCGGCAUGCUCGACAUUUUCGGUACCAUGCUCAAAGACACCACUUCUCAGCACAGGACUCACCUGUUUGAUCUCAACUGUAAAAUAUGCACAGGUCAGAGGUCGGAAGAUGAGCCUUCAGCUAAGAAAGCUAAGCUGGCAAAGAAGCCCGACGGUCGACCCGCCCGACAAGAGCAGCAUCCGUCGAGGCCUGGGGAUGCGUCUCCUGGCGGCCACGCCCCCCCGGCUUACCCGCACCAGGACCCUCCGUCCUACCCGGCCCCCAGCGUGGAGCCUGCCGUCCCAGAAUCGCUGCAGCAGCUGGACUUCAGCAUGCUGGCCCCUCAGAACCAGGUCUCCGCACCCAUCGCCCCGACCGUGUCCUCCGUCAGCAUCAGCCGCAGAGACCCGCGCAUGGCCAGGCACGGCGCCGCUGCGGGCGUCGCCCACCCUGCCGCGGAGAAGCCCGUCAACCCCUCGGCAGAGCCGCCCGCAGCUCCCGUCGGGGGCCCGGGGGACGUUGCGCCCAAGGCACUGCUGCCGAUGCCCCCGGCUCCGCCGCCUUUAGUCGCCGCCUCCAAAACGGCAAAAGCAAGUACAUCUGCGCCUCCUCCUGAUGGCGAGACGGCGAUCUUCCUCCACGGUCAAGAGAAGAUCUGGAGAGGAUUGAUCGACAUGCAAUCUGUGGCCAAGUUUGUGACCAAGGCUUAUCUGGUGUCAGGAUCCUUUGAGCACUUGAAAGAGGAUUUGCCAGACGUGGUCCAUGUUGGAGGACGGAUAUCUCCGAGCACCGUGUGGGAUUACGUUGGGAAACUCAAAACCUCGCUGUCCAAGGAACUGUGUCUGAUCCGUUUCCACCCAGCCACAGAGGAGGAGGAGGUGGCGUACGUCUCACUGUUCUCUUACUUUAGCAGCAGGAAAAAAUUUGGUGUGGCUAAAAACAACCGUCGUAUCAAAGACCUCUACCUCAUCCCACUGAGCUCAAAGGACCCAUUACCAUCUAAACUCCUCCCGUUUGAUGGGCCAGGGCUUGAACCAGCUCGUCCAAACCUCCUCUUGGGGCUCCUGAUCUGCCAGAAGGACCGAAAGCGCGCCGGUGCACCGUUGGAAAUGGAGGAGAAACGCUCAAAGACUCAAACCAAAGAUGCAGAGGACACUGGCCUUCCAAAGCUAUCUCCUUCUGUCAGAACAGAAAGAAGCUCACGGCAGAGUCUUAAGAUCCCCUUCAGCACUACUCCUCCGGGGUCACCUCCACCCAGCUCCUCUGAGACCUCAAGCAGCAGUGUGGCCACCUCCUCGGUCCUUCCCUUUUCAUCCUCUCUCAGAGCUACAAGCACAUCCACUACUACUGGCAGGGACUCACCAUCUUCAUCCAGCUCUAUUGCAACUGCUACUCCUCUUCAGACCAUCCUCAAAACCCUUUUUGGGAAGAAGAAUCAUGACUCCGAGGCGUCCAACUCCCCGUCUGAUCAGGGUGGGGAACUCACUAUGCAGAGCACUGCAAUGCUAGACCCUAUUGUGCAGCAGUUUGCACAGAGUUCUAAAGGGAAACAAGUCGAGGUAGAUGAAGAUGACAGACCGUACGAUCCAGAAGAGGAGUAUGACCCAGGUCGGGGCUACAGUGCGCCAAAGAAGCCUGCUGAGGUCCCAAGCAAACCUGACCUCACUAAGCAAUUUGAUGAGGCUAAAAAUGAAUGUGAUGAUGUGGCGUAUGACCCAGAAGAUGACUCCAUUUUUGAAGAUGUCAAACCGGUAGUACCAGCUCAAGUUCAGGUUGCCACUGAGUCUAUGGCUGAUCCACAAAAAAUCUUGGAGAACCUUAAAAAGAUCGGGGAGCAAGUGUUCCAGAAGCAGGGAGAACAGCCCACGUCUUCUAUGGGGAAAGCCAGUUUGGCCUCAGUGUCACUUUCAGACACACUCUUUAGUCAACCUACCAAAUCGCUUUUGGCAAAUACUCAGCUCCUGCAGCUUGGCAAAAAGGUUGACGAACUAGUGAAGUCUUCAUCGGUUCCUCCCAUGAUCAACCAAAACAGGGAUCCCCGACAAAGCAGGGAUCCUCGCCAGGCCGCGUCAGGCCGGAAGCCCUCUGAUGAACCUGAAGAUCAAGAGGAAACAUCUGCUUUGAUGGAGGCUUCUGGUCCUUUCCCUAAAGCUGUAGUUCAAGAACCUCAGCCGUCAGACGUACCUGAACUCGCAGACUCCUCAGAAGGCCCGGAUACGGCGCCGCCUCGCGAUGAAGUGAAAAGUGAGACGUUGCCCUUCUUGCAGUCAGACGAGAAGGAGGUAGCCAUUCCGUUGUUAGGAGAGGAGGUGGAACCUGACAUGGAGGUAAACUACAUGAUCGAGGACGAAGUGAAACUGGAGGAACCUGAGCCAAUCAAGGCGGAAACUGAGCUGGACAAGUAUAGUAUUUGGCCCAACGCCGCCAGUAUUUUAAAAGCUAGUGAGGAAUCCGAUUAUGAAGAGAACAGCCAAGACGCAUCAAGCCAUAGUUAUUAUGAUGAGCCCGCGAACACCUCCACGAUCCCAGUACUCACUCAGAGCACAACAAUGGCUGACUCUCCCAAGUCGCUCGAGCCGUAUCACUUGCCCCGUCAGAUGUCAGGUUAUGACAGCGAGUAUAGACCUCCAGCUGACAUCCCCCCACCGUCCAACUUCCCCCCGCCCCAUCCGAUGCAGGGGCAGAGCCUGAUGAUACGGCCUCCUCCGAUGUCCAUGCCUCCUCCCAUGCAAGGUCUUCCCCCAAUGUCAGGCCAGCCGAUGCAGGGACCCCCUCCACCCAUGCAUGUUCCUCCCCCCGUACGCGGCCCUCUCCCCAUGCAGGUUGAUAACAGCCAGCAAUAUGGUCCGCCGCCAGCUGCAUACCCCCCCUAUCGGAACCAGUGGCCAGGCUCCCAACCUCCACUGCAGCAGCAGCAGCAGCAUCCGCCUCCUCGACUGCCACCUCAGAAUAUCAUGCCACUCAGAGGACCACCACCCUUCCCUCAGAUGGCCCAGAGAGGCCCUGCUCCUCAGAUGUUCAAUCCCCCCAUUCCCCAACAGCACAUAGGACAGCAAGGCCUCCCCCAGGGCCUCCCUCCAGGCCUCCCCCCACCUCCUUCUUUUGAAGGACCGAACAGUUUACCUCCACCAAGAUUCGCUGGUCCUCCACCGCCAUUUAGUUUCCCCGCAAACAGAGGUCCUCCCCCACCUUUCACUGGGCCACCUCCCGGCCCCUUUGAAAACAGGCUGCCUCCUCCUUCCCACUUCGCAGGGCCCAGGGGUCCCCCGCCAUCUCAGUACGGUGACCGCGGGGCUCCACCCCCGAUUGUAGACCAACCUCGAGGCCCUGCAGAACACUACAACAGAGACAUUUCUAAUUCUUACAAGCAAAGUGUGGACCAGAAUCCAAACCCCCUCCAUAUGUUUAAAGACAAUCACGGUCCCCCGUCGGGUCCAGCAUACCGAGGACCUACACCUAACCAGUACGAGGACAGACGAGGGCCUCCUUCCAGCGGGGAGAUGAGCGGACAGCACUUCAAUCCACACAACCAGUACGAAAGCCCCAGGCCACACUCCCCGCCCACACACCGAGGAUCGUUUGAUGAGCACCGAGGACCCCUCCCUCAGGAGAAUAGACCCCACCCCACUCAGCGCUUCGGAGGAUCAGAGCGGUAUCGCUUAGACAGGCACUCUGAUGAGGCCAGACCUGUUCGCCACACUGGGCCCCUAUUGCCAACUCCUCCAGAGGCUCCCAUAGGUACCCCAAGUCGCAUGGGGGCCCAUAGUCCUGAUGCGCACCGCAACGAGCCCUGGCGCCGCCACUCUCCUGAAAUGAGGAGAAGGAGCAGCGCCAACCGAGAGGAAUUGGACCCACGCAUCGGAGACCGCUUUAGUCGCUUUGACGGAGGGCACAGAGAACCUGCUCCUGGUCCCACACAACCCUCAGAAGAGAGACAAAGGGAGCUUCCCGACGACUGCCGCAGGGAACGAGAGCGGCCCCCGUGGGACAGGGCACAGGGCAAGCGGUGGAGCAGAGAGCGAGAGUGGGAUAGAGUCAGAGAAAGGGACCGCGAUCCAGAGCGAAUCCGAGAAAGGGACCGUGAUCCGGAGCGUAGCCGAGACAGAGACCGGGAUCUGGAACGGACCAGAGAAAGGGACCGCGAUCCGGAGAGAAACCGAGAAAGAGAUCCUCGAGAAAGAGAUCCGGCUUCGGAGCGUCCUCGCGAAAGAGAUCAGAACCCGGAGCGUCCUCGAGAAAGAGACCAGAAUCCGGAGCGUCCUCGAGAAAGAGAUCCGGCUUCGGAGCGUCCUCGCGAAAGAGAUCCGGCUUCGGAGCGUCCUCGCGAAAGAGAUCAGAAUCCGGAGCGUCCUCGAGAAAGAGACCAGAAUCCGGAGCGUCCUCGAGAAAGAGAUCCGGCUUCGGAGCGUCCUCGCGAAAGAGAUCCGGCUUCGGAGCGUCCUCGCGAAAGAGAUCAGAAUCCGGAGCGUCCUCGAGAAAGAGACCAGAAUCCGGAGCGUCCUCGAGAAAGAGACCAGAAUCCGGAGCGUCCUCGAGAAAGAGACCAGAAUCCAGAGCGUCCUCGAGAAAGAGAUCCAGCUUCGGAGCGUCCUCGCGAAAGAGACCCGAAUCCGGAGCGUCCUCGCGAAAGAGACCCGGCUUUGGAACGUCCUCGAGAAAGAGACUUGGAUUCAGAGCGUCCUCAAGAAAGUAAUCAGGAUUCAGAGCGUAACCGGGAGAGAGACCGCGAUCCAGUGCGGGGCCAAGAAAGAGACCGCAGCAGAGCGAGGGAGGGAGAGAGGCGCAGGGAGACGGAGGGGGAGCGUCACAGAGAUCAAGACACAGACAAAAGGAGAGAGCGGCACAGAGAGCGGGAAAGAGACAGAGUCAGGGAUUCUGACCGAAGGGAUCCCGACCGCGACAGGGCGAGGAACCGGGACCGGGAGCGCGACAGAGAGCGCGACAGGAGACGGGACAGGUCCCGCAGCAGAGAGCGGGAGCGGGACAGAGACCGUGGGAAAGAGCGGGGCAGAGACAAGGAGAGGGAGAAAGACAGAGACAAGGACCGAGAUCGUCGCGACAGGAGCCGAAGCAGAGACAAGAGGGAGGAGAAGAAAGACAGUAAAAAUGAUGCAACCAGGAAGGGAGAGAAAACGGCUGAAGCUGACAAGAACACGUCCUAGUCUCUGCUUCGAAGACACUACACGUCAAUCCAUCACCAGUUGUAUCACUGUAAAUGUAGAUGAGCAGUAUUUGGUUAAAUUUCCACACUUGUGUUCGUAGUAGGAAGAGAAAGAAAAAAAAAAAACAAUGACAAUGUUUGUAUUUUUUUUUUGUCACUUAAAGGUUUCUAACUUUGUUUUAUCACAUUUGCAGAAGGAUAAAUAUCCUUGGGCCAUCUAAGUUGCUUGUCUUCAAGCUGUAUUAAGUAGGCUACUGAAUCCUAUUACAUGUACAUUUCUCCUGUCCAAGCAGUUUUUUUUU